AUGGCAGCGCAGUCGAAAAUACGUCCCCCGGAGCGCUCGAUCGGCCGCAUGCUCUCGCGGCUCGCAGGCCUAUACGUAAAACAUCGCACCCGAAUCUCGCGUGCCGUCUAUCUCGCGCUCUUCCUCGCCCUCGCAAAACGAAUCCACAACGCUGUCGGGGAACAAAAAGCGGCCUCGCGCCGACAAGCCGAGAUACGAGAGCGCCCGGGAACAAGCAGUCUUAGCCAGGAAGAUGGCAACAAGCGCAGCACUACUGCAACAGGCAGAAAAGCGGUGGAGUUAAACCUCGAGUUUCUCAGGAGCCUGUUGCGGUUGCUGCGAAUCGUAAUUCCCGGGUGGCGGAGUAAGGAGUUGCGAUUGCUGCUAAGUCAUAGUGUGUUCUUGGUGCUGCGGACUAUUCUUAGCAUUUAUGUUGCUGAGUUGGAUGGGAGGGUCGCGAGUAACCUGGUGCGAGGGAGAGGCAGGGAUUUCUUGUCUACUCUUGCGUGGUGGAUGACAGUGGCUGUUCCGGCGACAUUUACGAAUUCCAUGCUCUCUUAUCAUCAAUGUCGCUUGGCGCUGCAGUAUCGAAAGCGUCUCACCGAUCAUGUCCAUGAUAAAUAUCUGUCUAACAUGACAUUCUAUGCUCUUUCGGCAUUGGAUGACCGAAUUAAGAACCCAGAUCAGAUGGUUACGGUAGACAUAUCUAGAUUCUCAGACAGCUUAGCAGAGCUGUACUCGAAUCUGGCAAAGCCGGUCUUGGACAUGAUUCUCUACAAUUACCAGCUGUCAAAGAAUGUGGGCAUGGAAGGCCUGUUCAUCAUGAGUCUCUUGGUUCAGCUAUCGGCGAACAUGAUGCGCGCAUUGACGCCUCCAUUUGGGAAAUAUGUGGCCGACGAAGCGCGCCUAGAGGGCGAGUUUAGAUUUCAGCAUACAAGAUUAAUAGAUUAUAGUGAAGAGGUUGCUCUCUACCACGGCCAUGAAGCCGAGAAGGAUAACCUUGACAAGGGCUACUUUACGCUCAUAAAGCACGUCAACCGCAUUCUUCGUCGACGACUGUAUCACGGAUUCAUGGAGGAUUUCGUGAUCAAAUAUUUCUGGGGUGCCCUGGGACUGGUGCUGUGCAGUGUUCCGGUAUUCUUCAAGAUUCCAGGCCAGAUCAGCAAGACCAUGGGAGAUCGGACAGAAAGCUUCGUCACUAACCGGCGCUUGCUACUCUCCUCAUCCGAUGCAUUUGGCCGCGUGAUGUUCUCUUACAAGGAAGUAUCAGAACUCGCGGGCCACACAGCUCGUGUCUCAUCUCUGCUCGAUGUCAUGGAAGAUGUAGCAGCAGGAAGGUUUGAGAAGAGGCUCGUAUCCUCAGCGUCAACAGACGAAAAUGCAGCCGUCCUCGCAGGUCGAGGAACGAUCACCGAAAGCCCCUCCAUCGAAUUCACAGACGUCCCCAUUGUGUCGCCGAACGGGGACGUUCUCGUUCGGAAACUGUCAUUCACCGUCCACCCCGGUGAGCACCUAUUAAUCGUAGGACCGAACGGAUGUGGCAAAUCAUCCCUGUUCCGAAUCCUCGGCGGCCUCUGGCCCGUCUACGGCGGAACAGUCAAGAAGCCCAACUUCGACGACAUCUUCUACAUCCCUCAACGACCGUACUUGUCUCACGGAACCCUGCGACAGCAGGUGACAUACCCAGACGGCGUGAAAGAAAUGCGAGCCAAGGGCAUCACGGACGCCGAUUUAUACGACGUACUCUCAAUCCUUGAAAUCGCCAACAUUGUCGAUCGCGACAACGGCUGGGACGCCGAGGAAGAAUGGCGAGACGUUCUUUCCGGUGGUCUCCAGCAACGAAUCGCCAUGGCGCGAUUGUUUUAUCACAAACCGCGGUAUGCGAUUCUGGAUGAAUGCACGUCCUCGGUGACUCUGGAGAUUGAGAAGGUCAUGUACGAAACGGCCAAGAAUUUGGGCAUCACUUUGAUGACGGUGUCGCAUCGUCGCAGUUUGUGGCAAUAUCACAAAAACAUUUUGCAGUUUGAUGGGCAAGGCGGGUAUAUAUUUACGGGCUUGGAUUGGGAGAAGAGAUUGAAACUGGAAGAUGAAAAGGAAGAUCUUGAUCUUCAACUCCGUGCGGUACCGGAUAUUGAGAAACGUAUCGCUGAGCUCUCGGCGACUUGA